GUGCCGGAGAUGGUGAGAGAUGCUGAGAGCUGGGGGUGCGCUCAUUUGCCUCUCGUAUGUUCUUUACCUCAGGAUAAAAACAUAUAGAACCUGUCCCGCAUCCCGGCCCCCAUCACAGCUGUGUACAGGAUAUAUCUGCGUCUGGCCCUGACGGAGUUAACUGACUAAAUAUUACCAGCCACGGUGAUAUCAUCUGAAUAUUGUGAGAGAACAUCGCAGCAAGAGAAUGGGAGCCUGGGCACUACUGGCCAUGUGCGUUCUGAUACCCUUCUGCUGCCAGGUCAUCGGCGUAACAUCACAGGAUGAGCUCGCACAAGAUGUCCGCAUUUUGUAUCCAUGGCAACAGCGAGACAUAUUAGCUACUAAGAUGCAAAGGUUUAAAAGAGCCUGGGUGAUUCCAACAAUAUCCGUCUCCGAGAAUUUAAGAAACAUCCCCUCACAAGUAGUGCAGAUUAAAUCAGACAAGAAGCACCUAGGUAGCAUUAUAUACAGCAUCAAGGGCCCAGGUGUUGAUGAGGAACCCAAAGGAAUAUUUUCGAUUAAUAAAACAACUGGAAUUGUGUACCUUAACGCAGUGCUGGAUCGUGAGAAGAUUGAGCGCUUUAAGCUUUGUGCAUUUGCACUGGACAGUGAUGGAAUCCCCCUUGAAGACCCUACGGACCUACAGAUCGUCGUUCUUGAUCAAAAUGACAAUCGCCCAGUGUUUUUACAGACAGUGUUCAAAGGAUAUGUGCUGGAGAAUGCGAUACCCGGAACCCUGGUUAUGAAGGUGAUAGCCACAGAUGCAGAUGACACAAACACAGACAACGCUCAGCUGAAAUAUUCCAUUAUUGAGCAGGAGAGACCGGAGAUAUUCAGCAUUAACCAGGACACGGGUGAAAUCAGGACUGUCCAAGUCGGACUGGACAGAGAAGUGGUGGGAUCAUACAACCUCACUGUACAGGUGGCCGAUAUGAUGGGGAAGGGUCUAUCCAGCACAGCUAGAGCAAUUAUUGCCAUAGGCGACCUCAAUGAUAACCCACCUGAGUUUACGCAAGAUGAGUUCCUCAUGGAGGUGCCUGAGCAGAGCAGUGGUAUGGAUAUUGGGAGAGUAAGCGUAACAGACCGAGACCUCCGUGGCUCCCCCAAUUGGUUGGUGCAAUACUCUAUCAUCAGUGGAGACCCUCAGGGUGCAUUCUCGAUUCGCACAGAGCCCCAGACCAAUGAGGGAAUUCUUUCCGUUGUCAAGCCACUAGACCACGAGACAAAGGGCAUACACAACUUGACAGUGACUGCUCAGAAUGAGGUCCAGCUCAUCGCCUCGGUCCCCCACACAUUCCGCUCCCAAGCACUGGUCAAGGUCAUUGUAAAGAACCUAAAUGAACCACCAGUCUUCUCGGAGAACCCCAUGGUGGUGAGAGUGAAAGAGAGGAUUAUGCCGGGAAGUGUCAUUGGUGCUUAUACUGCAAUAGAUCCAGACAUCAGCCUGGUCCAGGAGAUCAGAUACUCGCUUAUCUCUGACCCGGCAAACUGGCUGCUGUUGGAUGGACAGUCUGGGCAGAUAGGCACCAGAUUCAGCAUGGACCGAAAGUCACCGUUUCUACAGGGAGGGUGGUACACAGCGCUGAUCGCUGCCAGCGACAACGCCAUCCCAUCACUGAGCGCUACAGGGACACUAUCCGUGGAAGUGCUGGAACAGAAUGACCACGCUCCAGUCCUGCAGCAGCACUCCGGGGAACUGUGUAGCACUCCGCACCAUGGCCACGGUAUCCUGCUGAGUGCCACGGAUGAAGACCUGCCCCCUCAAUCCUACCCGUUUCAUUUCCAGCUGGAUCAGUCCUCAACAGCGCUGACAUAUAACUGGAGCAUCAGUGUUGUCAAUGGUACCCAUGCAAUGCUGGAACUACUGAACGAAGUGCGAGAAGGGGUUUACAUCCUGCCCUUGCUGGUGUCGGACUCUGGCGACCCACCACUGGCGCAGCUGCAUGUGCUGAACGUGACCGUGUGCCGCUGCGAUGUGGUAGGCAUCUGUCGUGGCAGCGCAGCCGCUCUCUUCAGUUCUGGAACAGGGAUCAGCCUGAGUGCCCUCAUCAUUAUCCUGUGCAGCGUGGCCCUCUUAUUGGUGCUGGCUCUGCUGCUCCUUCUGUUUCGUUGUACAUCCGGUCACCCCGCACACAAGAGUUUGCUGUCUGAGUCUGAAGACGAUGUACGAGACAAUAUAUUCAACUACAAUGAGCAGGGAGGAGGAGAAGAGGACCAGGACGCCUAUGAUAUGAAUCGUCUCAGGAACCCGGCCAUGUCUGUGCCGCCAUCACCACGCCUAAAGCCCCCAAUCCGGAGAGACGCCCCCUACAGCCAGACAAUUCCCCGCUACCCUCGGAGACCAGCUGACCGUCCUUCCGACAUUGGAGACUUCAUACAAGACGGGUUACAAGCGGCAGAUUCCGAUCCCAGUGUCCCACCGUAUGACACAGCACUAAUUUAUGAUUACGAAGGAGAGGGCUCUGUGGCUGGAACCCUGAGUUCCAUCCUAUCUAGCGAAGGUGAUGUAGACCAGGAUUAUGACUAUUUGCAAGACUGGGGACCCCGCUUCCGUCGGCUAGCAGACAUGUACGGCCACCAGUGACUUUACUAGGACCAGGCCAAAGAUUCCCAUGGCAAGACUUUAAACCUCCAUCUUACGCUUAAACUGGAGAGUCGACCUAAGUUUUUAUCUAUUGGGGAACAAUGAUUGCUAGAAGCCUUGAUGAAGAUGUUCCACAACAAUCUCUGUGUGUAUAUAUUCAUGCUGGGUUCCAUAAUGAUCGAUUUUAACAUAUUGCUGAGAUAGCUAAAGCACAAUCAGAAAGACGGCUGGUGGGAAAGAUACUGUACUUCUGCAUGGUCCACGGAAAGAGGACCAAUCCAUGCAUUUAAAAAAAAUUGUUUACAGUAGAUACGAGACCUAAAAAUGUUUUUUUCAAAUUUGUAAGAUGUGACAGUAGAGCAGGAGUGGGACCAUCAUGUGUAGACAAGACUGAAAGGAUAUAACGUUAUGUAGACAACUGGUUUGCCAGUGAAGGAAAGGUUGGGUGACUACCUUGCAGUAGAAGGGUUGGGAUGUUAUGGCUCUGACUUGGAUGUACAAAAUGUAGUGAGAGGGACAGAGAAUAGGGCAGAGAGCUGAAGGCGCUGGUUAGCAAUGGAGAUGUUUUUAAUGGACUGGAUUCAGGAUAUAAUUAUUUAUCAUGAAGGAAUAAAGUAAAACUGGAGUGGAUUGUUGAGCAUGUGGAUCCUGGGACUGUCAUAAUUACGACACGAGACUUUAUGGAAAAGGUCCAGAGUCACCGAACUCUCUGAUAAUUCCACUUUUUAUACCUGUAAUUAAAGUUGUCUUUGAGUCAA